UGGAGCUGGUAGACAGCUGCCCUGGACACAGAACUGACCUGCGCCUCCAUGGACAGCUGUGAGUCCAAAAUGACUCCCAGGCUGCGCACCUGGUCCUUCAGGACCACAGUUACCCCAUUCAGGACCAGGGAGUCCUCCACACCAGCCCACCUCAUCCCCCAAGAACAGUACUUCUGUCUUGUCAGGAUUCAACCUCAAUCUGUUAGCCACCAUCCAUCCAUCUUUCAGCCAGGAACCAUGGGGUGGUUUGCAUCGUAACUCAUUAUUUUGAGAUGCUGAUAGAAAGGGCCGCAUCAAACCUCAAUCCGGCCCUGAAUUGAUUGCUACCGAUUUGAAUGGAAAGCUGAUUUUCAUAGGGUAGGGGGCACCGGUGGUGCAUUGAUGGAACCAAGAGGGUGGUGGUCCCCAGAAUUAGGAGACCCCUCCCCCGCGCUCUAUAUAUCCCGGGGAGUUGCAAGAAAAGGGUCCACGUCGCCUCCACCCCCGUGAAUCUGGGAUGUCGCAACCAGACGAGAGAGGAGGCCUGGGAAGCUGGAGGGAGGAGCCGCGUUGCAGAAAAAGGAGGCGCGUUUUGCAGCAGGGAAGGCGAAGCAGCAGCCGGACCGGGUCUUGGGCUUUGCAGCCGGGUUGCCAACUGACCCGAAGGAAGCCCCGCCCCCGGCUGCUCUUGUGCCUCCCCGAUGCCCUGCUACGUCCGGAGAGGGAGGAGCCGCGUUGCACGAAAAGGCGAAAGGGAGAGAAGAAGCCUUUUUAUUUUUUGCAGGAAAAGGCCGGGCGCUUUGCAGCCGGGUUGCCAACGGACCAGAAGAAAAGCCUGGCUGCUCCUGUGCCUUCCGCUGCCCCGUGACGUCGGGGAAGGGAGGAGCCGCCUUGCAGGGAAGAAAGGCUUUUCUUGCACGAGAGUCUUCUUUGCAGCUUCGCCUCUGCAGGCGGGUUGCCAACUGACCCGGAGGAAAGCCUGGGGGGCUGCUGCUGCUGCUGCGCCUUCUUGCCGCUGCGCCUUCUUGCCGCCGCGGAAGCUUCUUGCUCCAGGAUGGAGAAAACCUGAGGCGGUCGUAGGGUUUGUUUUUGAGGUGAGGAGGACUGUGUUGUGGCAAACCUCGGCAUCUUUCAUGGAGGUGACGUUUGAGGACGUGGCCGUCUACUUCUGCCGGGAAGAGUGGGCGGAAUUAAUUCCGUGGCAGAAGGAACUCUACCGGGGUGUGAUGGUGGAAAACUACGAGGCGGUCCUUUCCGUGGGCCGCUUGUCUGUGAAACCGGAGAUCAUCAGCAAAAUUGAACGGGAGGAGGCCGAGCUGUGCGUCGGAGAGUUUUGGAAGCCCCCCCAGUGGAGAGACCCUUCAGGCCAGUGGCUAGCAGGAGAUGGCAUCAGGAUGGCAGACGAUGAAGACCUCGAAAGGGCAGCCCCCAUUCGGCGGCGGCGAGGGAGAAGGAAGAAGGUCCCGUCUUCAACAACAGAGAAACAGAUGGCGAUCGUGCCCCCCAAGGACAAGGGGGCCCCAAAGUUGACACUGAAGAUGAAACCUGCAAAGUGUCCCGAGUGUGGCAAGAGCUUCCUGAGCAACGUGGCGAUGGCCAUCCACAUCCGGACGCACACCGGGGAGCGGCCCUUCAAGUGCCACCUGUGCCCCAAGGGCUUCCCCUCGCGGGGGGACCUGAAACGGCACAUCAAGACCCACCUGCGCCCCAAGCGGAGCCCGCCUACCCCCGCGGAGGCCGCCUGCGGGGGCAAGAAGCGCCUGGCCGCCAAGCUGCAGCUGCUGAGCCACCUGCAGCGCCCGCCGGACCCCCGGAAGCCCCACGUGUGCGCCCAGUGUGGCAAGGGCUUUGGCACGCCCCAGAGCCUCCGGAAGCACCAGGGAACCCACUCCACCGAGCGCCCCUUCUCAUGCGCCCAGUGCGGGAGCAGCUUCCGCCUGAAGCAGAUCCUGGUGGCGCACAUGGACUGCCACGCCACCGAGCGCCCCUACCCGUGCCAGGAGUGCGGGAAGACCUUCGUGCAGGAGCGUGGCCUCCGCAGCCACCAGCUCGUCCACACAGGCGAGAAGUGCUUCUUGUGCGAGGCCUGCGGGCGCCGCUUCGCCUACAAGCAGCACUUCCUCAAGCACCUCCGCCUGCACACUGGAGAAAGGCCCUACUCGUGUGCCGAGUGCGGGAAGACCUUCCGGGACCGGGCGACGCUCAGUAUCCACAACCGGAUGCACACGGGUGAGCGCCCCUACAGCUGCCCCUUCUGCGGCAAGGCCUGCCGGCAGAAGCAGCACCUCAACAGCCACCUGAAGGUGCACCGGGGAGAGGUGCUCCCCCCCAGCGACGGCACGGGACGAGCCCUGCAGAAGGCAAAGGAGAAGCCCCACGCCUGCCCCAGGUGCGAGAAGCGCUUCCGCGACAAGCGGAUCAUGAGGGCCCAUCUGCUGACUCACGAACAAGAGUCUUUGUCCGCCGGGGACGCUGGCCCGGCCCAGGCAGAGGCCAAAUCCCCCAGCGGGAGAGGCGGGGGUCGGAAGCAGCCCACCUCUCUGCAUGCAACUGCCCCCCCUGAAAAGUUGCCUUUUGGGUGUGCUCAUUGUGGGAGGAAGUUUCCGCAGCGGAAAUCCCUCCUGUUGCAUCAGAGGAGCCACAGGUGAGGAGAGAUGGCUCCCGCAGAGAGUCUAAUCCUGGCGUCCUUUUGGGAGGGAGCCUUGCAUUUUGACAGCAGUACAUCACACUGAGCAAGUCAAGCCUCAUGAAGAAAGCAACUCGUGUCGUGCCCUCCGAUUAGUUUUUGAGACCGAAAGUCCCCGUCACUGCAGUGCUUUCCCCAAGCAAUUGGAGACUGCGCCUGCAAGAAGCCUCUCUCUCCUCUGCCCUUUUCAUGCCUCUUCUGGUUCUGGGAGAGCAUGGCAGAGGUGAGCUUGUUGCACCAGGAGGGGGAGACGCCGAUGCCUCUUCCCCAGCCUGACCCAUCUCUGCCUCUUGACCUCCCUCCUCUCCUCCUUCAGCUUCUGCCUCUAAGUCUGGACUGCUCUCUGCCACAGACUCCUCCCGCUCACUAAGCCCUGUUGCUUCUUCAGAUUCCAACACCUCCUCUUCCAAGUCUCCUCCUCCUUCCCAUUUAUUGGCAUCCCACUGCCCCUCCCCAGGCUCUGAGCCUUCUUCCCUUGGGGUUCGCCGUCUGGUUCCUCCUCCCAUUCCUCUGCGUCCGACAAUUCCGUGAUAGAUGAAAACAUGCCAACCUGCUUGGUUCCCAAACCUUUUUGGCCAACCCCCCUUCCUGCCGGGACAAUGCAGGAGUGCUCCUUUGGGGAUGAAGUUAAACCAUUGGCGAGUUACAGCGCCUGGCGUGGCUGCAGAGACUGAUGCAGGAGAGACAUGUUUUGUUGCAGUUGGGGCAGAGGAAGGCGCCCGGUUGUGCUGCUGCAGAUGCACCUAUAAAAAGCAUUCUUCAGCCUAGUGGUCUGCAUGACCCACUGUGGAAGAUAACAGCACCAUAAAAUUCAAAAGAGAAGCGCUCAGUUGCAGUUUUUCAAAAUGCAAUUACACUGUUUAGUUUAACUCAUUCAACAAACCUUAGGGGCUUGGACUGGUGGUAGCCACUUUUCAAAGUUUGAUAGUUGUUUACUCCCCUCUUGAGCCAUCCCAGUUUGGGAGUCACUGGCCCAGCCUGAAAAGGGAAUCUCUAACUGGGAGUGACCUUGUUCCCUUUAAUGAUUCUUCUGUGUGGGCCAGACCCCUCUCUGUCCUGCCCCCCCACUCCUUGUGUUUCUAGAAGUUAUGUUCAAGCAGAGGUGGGGAAUUUCAAGUUUGAAAAAAGAUAUGCAAAUGUUAAUAUGAAAUACCCAGUAUUUGGGUAUUGGAAUAUUAAAGACAAACCAGUUAAACAAAAACAAACUGAAAAGGGGAAAAGAAAAAGGAGAACUUCAAAAUAUCCACCCCAACAAUUCUGCGUUCUAUAAACCAAUGUUUUCUUCAAUCCUCAAA